CCAUCGUUUUGAAUGUGCAGUUCUACAUUCGCUAUUAUGAAUUCUGCGUGUGAUUAACGGGUGGACUAUUUUGAUAAUAUGAAACUAUGUUACUAGAAAACUUUCUUAAACUUUUUUUCUAGAAAAGGUUCUAACUGAUUGUACUGUAAAAUGUCUGUGCAAGAGGAAAAACUUUAUACUUUAGAUAAAAAUCGCAGCAAUGUAGAAAGCAUUCCCUUAGUGAAAACUUUGAAACUGGGGAAAACCCACUUAGCAGCUAUGGCAGCUCUUCUCAAUAUUGUUGGAUUAGGAAUGGUAUCUGGAUUUUCUGCUCCAGGAACUGCAGACAUGAAGAGGCCAGGAAGCAGGUUUACAGAUAUAACUAACAGCCAAAUUACUUGGAUUGCUAGUCUUCCAAGUAUAACUGCAAUCCUUGGCAAUCUUUUCUCCGGUUAUUUUUCAUUUAAGCUAGGACGGAAAGCUGUGCUGAUGUAUGUAUCUGGGCCAUAUUUAGCAAGCUGGUUAAUUAUUGCAUACGCCCCAUCUAUGCACUGGAUUUAUGUUGGACGACUUUUGUCUGGACUAUGUAUAGGAGCUUGCUCAGUUGCAGUUCCAGCUUACGUUAUAGAGAUUGCAACACUUGAAAUACGGGGAUUACUAGGUUCUUGUUUCCAACUGUAUUAUGCAAUAGGAGUUUUAGUAAUGAUGUCUUUCGGUAUCAUUCUUAGGUGGUCGUGGUUAGCCAUUACAGGAGCUUUAAUCACAGCAGUUGCUUCCUUACUGAUGUACUUCAUGCCGGAGUCACCUGCGUGGUUAUUAGCAAAAGGCAGAGACUCGGAAGCUUUUGAAAGCAUUCGAUUCUUAAAAGGAAGAGAUUUCGACUCAAUUCGAGAAUACAGCGCCACUGUGGAUCAUAUAGCUGAAGAAAUGCAGAAAACUAUCUCCAUUCAAGAAUUUCAAGAACCUCAAUUGUAUAAGCCUGUAGUACUGGCUAUUGCUUUAAUGUUCUUCCAGCAAUUUUCAGGUGUAAGUGCAUUAAUGGCUUAUACUGUCGAGAUAUUUGAACAUGCCGAAAGUUCUUUAGAUCCUUCAAUAGCAGCAGCAGUAAUAGCUGCUGUGCAAGUAAUUGCGACAUUAAUAGGUAGCACUCUUAUGGAUAAAGCUGGGCGCAGAAAGUUAUAUCUCGUAUCUGGGGUUUUUGUAACAGUUGGUUUGUUAAUACUUGGAGUUUAUGGCAUCAUUUAUAAGAAAUAUGUUUUAAACCAAACAGUUUUUGGUUGGAUACCUUUAGCUGGCUUUAUCAUUUUCGUAGCUUCCUUUUCAUUAGGAUUUGGACCUAUACCAUAUUUAAUGACUCCAGAAUUUGUACCAGUUCACAGUCGAAGUGCAGUUUUGGCAAUAGCCGGUAUAUUUUCAUCAGCAUUUUUGUUUAUUGUGACAAAAACUUUUGAUGACUUGAGAACUUUCGUCUCUGAUUAUGGAGUAUAUUGGGUAUAUGGAUUUUUCUCUCUUUUAGGCUGUUUAUUUUGCUGGCUAUGUCUUCCUGAAACCAAGAAAAAGCCUAUCAGAGAAAUACAGCAAUCAUUUUUAAACGAUAUAGACAAGGAGCAAGAUUUCAUCUCAUCUUAUGAAGCAAUAUAACAUCGCAUAGCUCAAUUUAUAAGGUAUUACCCUAGGCCGUCCGAGCAAGACAUAUGCAUAUGAUAGUGCAUUCGUAUUUCGAUAUAUAUUUUAUAUCAGAUUAAAAAUAACUGGAGAAAAUAUAAUAUUAUAAUUUUUGUAUAAAUCUUUUAUUUCGACAAUUAUUAAGGACAUGUCUAUAUCUGAAGCAAGAGCAAGAGAUUUUCCAAGAAUCAAUUUUACAUUUUCAGUAAUUAGUAUGUAUAAAAUGCUUAUUAAUAAUUUGUAAUCCGCAAAUGAAAUUUUAGUGAUUAUAUUAUAUUGAAUCUGACAUUAACUUUUCACUUGCUUAACUACCUUUUUUAAAUGAUAGGAAGGCUUAUGAUACAACUGUCUUAACAUAACAGAGAAACUUAUAUGCCAUAACAAAUGUUUACUCAAAAAUGAAACCUCAAAAGCCUUUUAAUCAGACAUCAGUGAUUAAGCUUUAUGAUGCAGGUAAUAUUAUGUUUACAAGAUUACAUUUGAAUAUAAAACGGUGAGAGCAAAUUUGUCCAAUGGCAUAUUUUAAAAUUUGUAUAUAUUAUACUUAUAUCUGUAGCAAACUUAGGUGCAAAGCUUUUGGUUUUAAAAUAUGCUCAAUAUCAGCAAAGUAAAAUAAGGAAAAUCUUAGCGCUAAUUUAAUUCCUACAAACAAAUUUUUCAUGCACUGUCUCCGAAGGUAUCCGUCACUGUGUUUAUCUAGAAAGAGAAAGCAUUAUACUCCACUUGUCACUAAGGAUGUCUGCUAAUACGAAAAUGUUUCUUUGAAGUUAAAAGUAAAUUAUCUAUUCUUAGUCUGAAAUUUGUUUAUGGCUGUCAGUGAAAUUAUCAACAUUUGCUUUUAUUUAAAAUGCAUAAUAUUCUCAGCACAUGCUUCAAAUAAUCAUCGACUAAUAGUUUGCUCCAUUGCAACUGUUAUUUUGCUGUCAUCUACAUUAUUCUUCUCAAGAAUUUUGUGCUCUUGCUUAACAUAUUAUUUACUUCGAAAGAAAAUUCACAUUGCCCUUUUUUUCAUUUAUCAAGACUGUUACAUUCAGAAAGUAUAUGUCAGUAACUUAUAUGUCAGGAAGUGCUGUACUAACUUUGCUUUAGAAAUAACGAUAAACACAUAUUCUUUUAAACGAAUAAUACGUUUCAGACCAAUUUAUUGUAAAGUGAAAGCACAUGGCUUCCUUGAGAGACUUCAGAAAUAUUACCACAUUUUGUUAACAUAUGCUUAACAUAUACAACUAUCAUAUGUUUACAAUGAAAUGUCAAUUUUAAUCUUCAUAAUUUUGUAUCUGAAUUAAAAUGUAUAACAUAAGGAACCACAUUUUUGAAGAGACAGAACUAUAUGCUUAAAAUUCAUCGUCACAAAGUUAUAACUAUUUUUAAUAUAGCGAAGAAAUCUGUGAACAUUGAAAAAAUAGUGUUUUUCAUUAUACAGCAGAUUGAAUUCUUUACAGAAUGCGAUUGUGCACGCAUAUCUCUACCUGUAAUAUCAGCAUUUAUAGACAUCGUCAUCAACAUCUGCAAUCAUAUAUUUUUCUCAAGCCUUUGAAGGAGCUGGGGUAAAAGAAAAGUUAUAAUAAUGUGAUUGGUUUACACUGACUUAUUUAUAUCUUUAUUGUCUUUCUGUGAAGAGUUGAGAAUCUGAAUUUUAUUUACUACAUAAAGUUAUUAAAAAGUAGUAUACUUAUGUAUUAAA